GAAGCUACAAGUGAAGAAGUUGAACGCUUGCUUCAGUUGAAGAGAAUAUUUCCCAAGUCCUAGGGGGAAAAGGUGAAAAAGAGGACCAGAGGAUGUUGAUAGUAGGUAUGUACAUGACAGGAAGCCACGACUAGCAGUGUGAUUGUCAACAGGAAACUGAAAGUUACGGCCGAUGUGAUGCUGCCAUACAGUACACUUUCUGUGUUGUGUUGCCUGGUGGACUUUGUGGCCUAGUGAGCAGAGUACGUCUACAUGAGAUAUUCACCUGUCCAUUCAUCUGCUGGAGCUUGAAUUAUUCUGCAUCUGGCUAAUCCACUUUGCUGGAGUUGGCAAGCCCUGUUCUUUACUUGACACCUGCUACUGUAAAGAUCUUCAACAGCUAUGGGGAGAAAAGGGUGCAGUGAGCAACUUUCACCGACUGGCAGCUGAGUGCUCUUCAGACCCCAGGCAGCUUCGAGGUGACUUGGCUGUUCAGUGCUCUGCAGAUAUGAACGCUGAGCUUUUCUGGCACGUUCUCACGUUGGCCUGGUCGCUCUCACCAUGCUAGUACAUGGGAAAGAAGACUUCCUUUCAGAUGUAGCUUACAUCAUCCUGGAACUGGUCAUCGCGGUGCUGGCCAUCCUGGGGAACAUCCUGGUCUGCUGGGCAGUCUAUCUGAAUAGCAACUUGCAGAACGUCACCAACUAUUUUGUGGUGUCCCUGGCUGCUGCUGACAUUGCUGUGGGCGUGUUGGCAAUCCCCUUUGCCAUCACCAUCAGCACUGGCUUCUGUGCCUUCUUCUAUGGCUGCCUUUUCAUUGCCUGCUUCGUCCUGGUCUUGACUCAGAGUUCGAUCUUCAGCCUCCUUGCUAUUGCCAUUGACAGAAUCAUUGCAAUCCGCAUACCCCUCAGGUACAAUGGCUUGGUGACUGGCUCUCGAGCUAAAGGUAUCAUUGCCAUCUGCUGGGUAUUAUCUUUCAUCAUCGGCUUGACACCAAUGCUAGGGUGGCACAAACGCUCCCAGAUCGAAGAGCUGGGUUCCAAUAAGUCCUCUCCCAUCAACUGCAGCAACAGUAUGGUGGCAUGUCUCUUUGAGGCUGUGGUCACCAUGGAGUACAUGGUCUACUACAACUUCUUUGCCUGUGUGCUCUUGCCUCUCCUCCUCAUGUUUGGUAUCUACUUGAAGAUCUUCAUGGCAGCCCGGCGACAGCUCAAACAGAUGGAGAACAAGAUGGUACAUGGGGAACGUUCUCGCUUUACUUUGCAGAAGGAAGUCCAUGCAGCUAAGUCUUUAGCCAUCAUUGUUGGGUUGUUUGCAGUCUGCUGGCUUCCACUACAUAUUAUUAACUGCUUUACCCUUUUUUGCCCAAAUUGUGACCAUGCUCCCCUCUGGCUGAUGUAUCUGGCUAUUAUCCUGUCUCAUGCCAACUCGGUUGUAAAUCCUCUAAUUUAUGCCUACCGAAUCAGGGAGUUUCGACACACCUUCCGUAAAAUCAUCAGCCAGCAUAUCCUGGGCCGGAAGGAGCCGUUCAAGGCAGGAACAGCCAGCUCUAGGACUUCCAAUCAUGGUGGGGACACAGAGAACGCCAGCAUACGAAUCAGUGAGUAUGCAUUAGAGGUAUACACCAAUGGAGAGAUCCACAGGGAUCCUGAAAAGCAGGACUUAAACAAAUGCAAAGCCGGCUUGGAAUGGCACCAGAAUGGAAAUGCUCUGGACGUGGAGACAAAUGGGCAUCUCCCGAAUUCCUGCAAAAAUGGGAUUCUCUCAGAUGCAUGCAUGAACAGGGAGCUUCACAGUGAAGAGCUAAUUGAUGCCCAGGUGUCUUACUCUGAUCUAGAAAGAGCAGCCUUCGCAGCAGCUGAUGUUUCCUGAUGAGACUUUCAAAGUCUUCCUGGUAGAAUUAUUUUUUUUUUCUAUUGGUGACCUCUGCCGUGGUAGAAAGGGAGGUUGGGGGGGCGGGGGGAGAGGCGUGUAUUCAGAUUGCUGUGGAGAAAGGGGUCCCUACCCAGGACUGUUGGGAAGAUCCUAAAUACUAGACUGGAGAAAAGUCAAGAGACCACUGAAACGGACUGAGGAUGGGGGGACAUGUUACCUGUCAGUGACCUGUCACCAAGAGCAGUGCCAAGGUCAAAGAUGGCAUUCCAAGUUCAGCACUGGGAGACUGCUGAUGCAGGGCAUAUCAUGAUAUCAUGCUGUACUGUGUAUCUGUGGUUGUAUGUCAGUUUUGCUGUCUUUACCAACAGAAAUAAAAGCAUGGCUGGAAGUAUUCACUGAAUUGCAAAGAGCAACAGGGAAGAGGGAUAGCAACAUCUAUUGGUCAGGAAAGGGAAGGAAUUUACCUGAUGGGAACUCUGGAUACCUUCAACCAUGGCAUUUUGUCUUUCAGUUUAUGUUUUUAAAGCUUAUCCUGCAAUAGGUUGCUCGAAUGUGGGUUUUUUUUCCGUGUCUUGAUAAGAUUACUUUAUAUUAAGUUAUAAAAAAGAUGGCCAAGAACUCAUAUCUAUUCCCUGAGCACUCAGUGUUCCAGAUGCACAAGGCAAAUAUAACCUCAUAGCUCUCCACUUUGUCCAACUAAUAAUGAAAACGGAGACUGUAAUAUGGAUUCCCCUUAGCAAAAGGGCUGUUAGCAGGAGUUGGUGCUGCAGAUAGCAGACAAGCAGGCCAGGCUGUGGUCUGUGUCACCAGGGCAGUCGUGCCCUGAGGUGUUGUGAGGAGCUGUCGGGUCUGUGAGCUGUCUGUGUAGGCUGGUGGGCACUGCCUGCUUUUUCCCCCUAUCUCUGUGCUUGUCCUUCUGAGCUCCUAGAAUGCAAAUUCUUUCCAUGGGCCUAAACAUGUGUGAGGGGAACUGAUUUCCCUAUUUUUGUUGUUUUCUCAGUGUAAGGAGGAUGCUUAUCUAACGCUUAUUUUUAAAAUUGCAGUGAGCUUUAUUUAAACACCUUUUCUGCCAGUGAUUUCAGUUUUUUCCUGAUGUGCUUUACUGUGAAACCCGAUGUGUCCCUGCGGUGCAGAGGCCCACAGAACUGGGUCAGUCUGGUUAGAAGAUGUUCCUUCUUCGAGGAGCUGAAAGGCGUCAGUAGUAGUGGAAAUCAGCUUACAAACUGCAAGUAGUCUGUUUGUAUAAGUGCACAGGCAAAUCUGUAUUGCAGCAAGGGUAUGCACUGAUGUGGUUUCUUGUAGAGGUGUUUCACAGCAAUUUGAUAAUUUUCUGUAUCACUUAUGAAACCUGGUAGCUGGACAGCCGAAUGCCACAUCAGCUUGAAUUCUACCCAAAGAUUGUCUGGUCUUUGUUUUCCAAACAAAUAAUGCAUGUCCAAUACUGCCAGCCUUCUGGAGAGACAGGCAGUGAUGGUCCUACUGGAAAGCUAAAAGUCUGGUAAUUCCAGGGAUCUGAAGUUUAUUCCCUAGCUGAAAACAUCAGAAGUAUCAAUCAUCCCCCAACCCUGGCUUCUCCUUGUGUCUGUCCACUAACAUUUCAGAAGCUAAAUAAUCUCAUUUUUUGGAAAGGGGAACUGGAUUUUGAUAUUUGAGGAAGAGCAGGUUGGGUUUGUGUGUUCUUAUUCUAUGUUUGUUUUAAAUGUCAUGAACUAUUAAAAAUGAAAAGUCAGUUUUAUUUGAGGAGAAUUUUCUUUUUGACAGACUCCCUACAUGAAGGUGGGGAGUAAUUUAUAAUGCUGAAUGUGUUCGAGUAUGUAAAUGUUCCAGGCUAGCACAAAGCUUACUGUGAGACGGAUAAAAAGAUGUGGUUGCCACCACCUUAGCAGAAAGACAGACAAGUUUGCAGAACAAUAGACUUCACAGUUUAAUUGAAUUGCUGCUUUCUUGGCAUGGCUCUUCCACAUAGUCUAGCGUCAGAGGAGUGGAUUAUCACUCCAGCACCAUUAACAAACACUAAGCCAUUUCCCUGUGACUGACGUCAUAGGUAGUUCCUCUGUACGGUGACUUGGGAUCUUGUUACUCUUGAUCUUUCUGAGUGGAAUAUUUCUGUAGGUUAUUUGUGAGAUGGUUUCUCUGACCUCCUGUAACAGUGGCAGAGGAACUGAGUCAGGAAAAUGGGGGUCUGAUCUCUUCAGGCCGCAGUUGGGAGCCGAAAUGUUUCUAAGAAUAACACAAGAUUACAUCCGGUAUUCAUGUCAAUAGCUAUUAGGUCCACAAAGAAGCAGAGCAGGGAAGGAAGUGUGGGAAAAUACCAGCAUUGCUCAUGUGCUGGAACACACACGAGUGCAGAAGUGUCUCCUAUUGAGCUUUAGUUGCCAUUGCAUAGGGAUGUUUUAUGCCACAUUGCAUCAGACUUUGAACAGCUGAUGUGGGUUGGUUGCUUUCUAUUGUUCCCUGAGCUUCUUCAGAUUCAGUUAUGGCAGCUUCUUGCUUGGUUGCCACAAGAAUCAAGUUGAUCUAUGGUGAUGUGACAAACUUGGGAUUGUCCCUCUGGAAAACUUUCCUGCCCAAACAGAUUGCCAUGCAAGCUUACUGAGUUUCCAGACGUCUUGAAAUUAGCUGUUCUGUUGCUGUUUGAGAUGCCCUACCAAAUGUGUCCAGUCCCUUUCAAUAUUAGUGAUCCAGAUUUGAAAUGAAGAGGGUGUGUGAAGGGGCUGGGGGAUGCACGCAGGAGGAAGUGCAAUGGGGAUAACGAGGCAGCGUGUUUUAUAUAGAAUUGGAAAUCUGUAGUCACAGGAAGGAAGGGAUGGCAAUUGCACCACACGCUGUGUGCCUUCUGGCAAACAUAUGUCUAGAAAUGGACCUUCAGAAGAUGUUUCCAAAACAGUUGUUGGGGGGAGCAUGAGCCUUUUGAACAGAAUUUUGGACUUUUUAUUUCUUGGUGCCUGGGGAUCAUGAUUUCAAGGCUUUCUUUUUUAAUAAAGAAAAAAAGAAGCUUUAGGGUCCCAUCAAUGAAGUGUUCUUUCCUUCUCCUGGCAGCACUCUCCACUCUUGAGAAAAGUACGUCUCUUCCAAACUGCAUAGGGCAGGGAUCAUUAGAAAAGUGAAAGUUAAAGAAAUUUUUCCUAACUUCUCCACUCAUAUCCCCAUUUUCAUUCCAGCUGGAGAAAGUUUAGCUGUUGAAAUAUAGCUGUUCUGGAUAAACAAAGAUGGUACCAAGACAAAGGGAAGAAUGAGGUGAUCAUCAGGAGAGGCUGGAGAAGGCCUUCUUGGGAAUCCAAGGUGCAGUGGGUCCAGAGAGUAAAAGCUGGGGUAGGAAGAGACUAAUUUUAUUGAACUGGAACGUCUUACUAAAAAUGGCUCAAGACCCAUAUAGAGAUGCGGUGCCUCAUUUGGCAUGAGGGCAUUCCAUGGAUUUCACCAUUCCCUGGAGACUCCUAGGCUCCAGGGUUUAUUUGCUUUAUAGGAUUUUAGAGAAAGUUAAGUCUGAUCAGUUGCCAGGAGUAAUUUUAUCAAGCGUUGUUCUUGGGGCCUUCUCUUCAAUAGGGCACUGCUUUUUGUGUGUGCAAAUACAUGCGCUUACAGCUUUGUCAUGCAGAGUUUUUUUGCAUCAGUAAUAUUUCAAAGCUCUGUUCAAGCUUGAACUGCAGCUCUUGACCAGAGAAGCAACUUGGCAUGGUGGAACGGCUGGGGUUACUGUAGGCAGAAGGGGUUUGCCACUGAUCCCAGCUGGUGUUAGGAAGCUUAUUGAUGGACUUGGGAGUUGUAUGGGGUAGUCUGAAUUUUUGAUCAUUCUUUGAAAAGAGGCUCCAGAGGAUGCUGGUGGAUAUAGAAAAGUCUCUAAGGUGUGGGAGCAGAGAGGGUUAGGAUUAGAUGGGAAAUCUUGGUGGUGAAGGAAGAUUUGUAGGG